AUGACAUUAAUCGAUAUUCCCUCCUUUACCUUUCCUCCUCCUCUACCUUUCCUCCUCCUCUACCUUUCCUCCUCCUCUACCUUUCCUCCUCCUCUACCUUUCCUCCUCCUCUACCUUUCCUCCUCCUCUACCUUUCCUCCUCCUCUACCUUUCCUCCUCCUCUACCUUUCCUCCUCCUCUACCUUUCCUCCUCCUCUACCUUUCCUCCCCCCCUCCGCCGCUUCGAUACAAACAAAUCAAAUCGAAUUAAAUCAAAUCGAAUUAAAUCAAACAAGUCAAGAAGAUAUCUUCGACAACCCCUUAACAAGCAAGAAAAUCCAAAUCAAGAAAACCAAAUCAAAAAAAUCAAAAGAGAGAGGAAAUCCGGAGAAGGGAAGGAAAUCAGAAAUGAGAUGA